ACGAGCAGACUCGGCACUCAGCUCAAGACAGCACAGCCACCACUCCACUCCACCAGGCUCUAGCGCCGGAACAAGAACAACGCCGGUUGGCUAGCAGAGGUAGCAGAUCGACGAUGAGGCCUUCGACGGCUCGGGCUCUGGCCACCGCGGCCAUCGUCGCGGCGCUCGCGCUGAGCGCCGACGUCGUCGGCGGCACCCCGGAGACGACGUGCGCGGCGGCGGCGGCCCACGACCGGCGCGUGGACUACGGCUUCUGCGUGUCGAGGCUGAGCCACCACCACGACAGCCCCGACGCGGACACCUGGGGCCUGGCCAAGGUGGCCGCCGACGUGGGCGUGGCCAUCGCCGGGGACGCCGUCUACGACAUCAAGGCGCUGCUGGCUACCAGCAGCAAGCCGCCGGGCGAGGGCGAGGGCGACGCCCAGGAGCGGGCGGUCCUGGAGCAGUGCCAGAGGCUGUACGACGCGGCGGAGUCGGCGUUCGCGGAGGCGUACGACGCGAUCAACCGGCGCGACUACGCGGCGGGCAAGGGCAAGGCCGCCGAGGCGGCGUCCCUGGCGCGCCGGUGCGACGACGCCUUCGCGCGCGCCGCACUGCGCCCGCCGCCGCAGGUCGCGCGCUGGGGCGAGGAGUCCGCCAAGAUCGCUGUCGUCUGCACGGCCAUCACCGACCUCAUCGACUGAGCCGAGCCGAGCGCGCGAUGGGUACCGUACCGUGUACCAGGUGAUGCGCUGGCUGCUCCGUCGUCCGUCGCGAUCCGGCGCCGGCGUGUUGUGUGAACUUGUGAUCCGUUGGUUACACGCCAGACAAAACGCGGACGUGAUGAUGGCAGUUACCCGAACUUGUGUUGCCGUUGAAAAAUGUAAUGUGAUGGAAUGGAAUAAAAGCGUUUUAUUGCUGCGCA